AUGUCAGCAUCUGCAGGAACAUGCAACGCCCAGUUGGAAGAACAUGAGGUACCCAGGUGUCGUUCCUCAGUCUCGUGGACGGAAUCGCAUAGAAGACGGAGCAUCGGACGACCUCAUUGGGCAGAAUACCCUAAAAACUGCCAUCCAAAAUUCUCUCCCUCUGUCAGAGCUCGGGACACCCACCACUACGAGAUGCCGUGCCGCCGCUUGGCUUCAAUGGAAGAGCCCAGAGCAGCUAGCGCUGUAGCGCAUCGGCAGCGCCGCCGCUCGCUGUGGCUGUGGCUAUUUUUGACACCUCGAAUGUGUGUCCCACUCACCCACAUCACACGCCCUGUGGCCCUGCACCCUUUUUGUGUAGUGGCAGACGAUCCCCAAGGAAUGCUAGGCUCUUCGCGGCAAGAAGGGGAUGGAUUGGUGGUCGAUGAAUACGAGGCCCAUUCAACAAAGUCCUUUCAUACCUUUCAUACGGAUACCAUUCUUCAUCUUAUGCAGGUCGGGAUAUCACGUAUCCGGCCGAUUAAGGGCUCCUGUUCCCAUCGGCUUUCUGUACACGGCCGAAAUGCUCAAGCAGUACGGAGGACUGGAAGAUCUGUACCUGGAAGAAUGCAAAUACAUAUCGAGGAAAAGGGUCUUUGCUCGCGUGUGGCAUCCGAGAUGUGCAGCAAGCCUCCUCUGGUCCCGCGCUAG